AUGAGAAACCAAGCUCUGACAAUCGAUCGUGUCGACCUUCAGUUUCAUCUUGAACUGAAGAAAGAUAGCUCUUGCCCUCUCUAUUUGACUAACAAUACUGACAAUUUUGUGACUUUCAAGGUCAUAGCCACAGCUCCGCACAAGUAUUUUAUUAGGCCUGAUACUGGUGUUAUUCUUCCAAGAUCCUCCGCUGCUGUGUUAGUGACCCUGAAAGCGCAAACGGAAGCUCCUGCUCAUAUGCAGUGUGAAGACAUGUUUUUUAUUCAAUCUGUAGUAGCUAGUCCAGGAACCACUGCCAAAAAUCUUACUACUGAGAUGUUUAGCCUAAAUGAUGGGCAUCUAAUUGAGAAGAUAAAACUGAAAGUUAGAUAUGUUGCCAAAUCAAUUAUCUCAGAUAAUGAGAAUGCUUAUCGUGUUGCUGUUUACAAAGUGUUCAUCAAUUUCAGGGGAGAUGAGCUUCGAAAUAACUUCGUUAGUUUUCUCGUGAAGGCCAUGAGAUUAGAGAAGAUCAACGUGUUUAUUGACGAGGUUGAGGAUAGGGGUACGAAUCUGAAUAACCUUUUCCAUACGAUCGAGGAAUGUAGAAUCGCCGUGGCGAUCUUCUCCGAGAGGUACACCCAAUCGCGCUGGUGCUUGGAUGAGCUUGUGAAGAUGGAAGAGCAGAUGGAAAAAGGCAAGCUCGUGGUGAUACCCAUAUUCUUCAGGUUAGACGCCACCACGUGUAAAAGAUAUAUGGGAGCUUUCGGCGAAAAUUUCAGGAAUCUGGAGUGGGAGUAUCGGAGUGAGCCUGAGAGAGUCGAUAAGUGGAAGAAAGCUUUAUCAUCUGUGUUCAAUAACCUUGGCUUCGAGUCAAAUAUACUAAGAGAUGAGAGCAAAUUGGCCGAUUCCAUCGUUGAGGAAACAAAGAAAUGGCUAAACAAGAUUUCCAUCGGAGCGGAAAAUGCUAAGAACUCCACCAUUGUGGUUUAG